CGGGUCGGCAGAGAAAACCUGUGACUGGACGGUGAUUGGGAAGAGUGGCCAGGAAAGGGCAGGGCUUACAAUCUCUUCUGCCAUCAACUCGACCAGUCUAAUGUACUGCUCGGCCAAGCGGAUUAUCAGCGUUGUCCGACGGGUCAGUAGCCAUUGGCAGAGCGCACUCGAGGGCCGCUUUGCUGUCGAGAUGGUGGAACGCAGCAUCGUGGCCGGCUGCGUCUGGUCCUCUGCUGUUGUGUCCACGGCCACUGUCGUCAAGGCGGCCACGGGUGACGAGGACGACGAGGAGGAUGGGACAAAGAUCGUCUGGGACCUCAACUUCGGUAGUCGAGUCGACGAUGGGACAGUCGACACUUGGACCCACGUGCUCACGAACCACCGAAGUCGGCUGGGCAAGAUGACACAUCGUCGGCUCAGCCGAUCUUGUCGACGAAUCAUGACUGUCGUCUGUUAG